AUGGCUGCGUCCGGAGUCCUGUCCCUCCUGGCAACCUUGGCGUCGAUGGCGCUGAUGGCCUUGGUGAUGCUAGAGGCGCACUGUGCCGUGGGCGCGGGCAUGGGCUUUUGCUACGACGGCGCGGGGCGCGCACAGCGCUGUCUGCCUGAGUUCGAGAAUGCAGCGUUCGGCCGACGCGCUGAGGCUUCACACACGUGCGGACGGCCCCCCGAAGACUUCUGUCCACACGUGGGGGCACCAGGUGCGGGGCCACAGUGCCAGCGCUGCGACGAUGCCAACCCCCAGCAACGCCACGACGCCUCCUACCUCACAGACUUCCACAGCCCCGAUGACAGCACCUGGUGGCAGAGCCCAUCCAUGGCUUUCGGGGUGCAGUACCCUACCUCGGUUAACCUUACUCUGCGCCUAGGUAAGGCCUAUGAGAUCACCUACGUGAGGCUGAAGUUCCACACCAGUCGUCCCGAGAGCUUUGCCAUCUACAAGCGCACACACACCAGUGGCCCCUGGGAGCCCUACCAGUACUACAGUGCCUCCUGCCAGAAGACCUAUGGCCGUCCUGAGGGCCACUACCUGCGGCCCGGUGAGGAUGAGAGAGUGGCUUUCUGCACCUCUGAGUUCAGUGACAUCUCCCCCUUGAACGGGGGCAACGUCGCCUUCUCCACCCUAGAGGGCCGUCCCAGUGCCUACAACUUUGAGGAGAGCCCUGUGCUACAGGAGUGGGUCACCAGCACCGACCUCCUGAUCUCUCUGGAUCGGCUUAACACGUUUGGAGAUGACAUCUUCAAGGACCCCAGGGUGCUCCAAUCUUACUACUAUGCUGUGUCCGACUUCUCUGUGGGCGGCAGGUGCAAAUGCAAUGGUCACGCCAGUGAGUGCGGCCCCGACGAGGCUGGUCAGCUGGCUUGCCACUGCCAACACAACACCACGGGUGUGGACUGCGAGCGCUGUCUACCCUUCUUCCAGGACCGCCCAUGGGCGCGAGGCACCGCAGAGGAUGCCAACGAGUGUCUGCCCUGCAACUGUAGCGGCCACUCUGAGGAGUGCACAUUUGACAAGGAGCUCUUUCGGAGCACGGGCCACGGCGGGCACUGUCAUCGCUGCCGCGACCACACAGCUGGGCCGCACUGUGAGCACUGUGAGAGGGACUAUUAUAGAUGGGACAGGAGGACACCGUGCCGACCCUGUGACUGCCACCCAGCAGGCUCCCUGAGUCUCCAGUGUGACAGCUCGGGCACCUGUGCCUGCAGGCCCACAGUGACUGGUUGGAAAUGUGACCGCUGCCUGCCUGGGUUCCACUCACUCAGUGAGGGUGGCUGCAGACCUUGUACCUGCAAUGUUGCCGGCAGCUUGGGCACCUGUGACCCCCGCAGUGGGGACUGCCCCUGCAAGGAGAAUGUAGAAGGCAGCCUGUGCGACAGAUGCCGCCCUGGGACAUUUAACUUGCAGCCCCACAACCCAGCAGGCUGCAGCAGCUGCUUCUGUUACGGCCACUCCAAGGUGUGUGGGCCCGCUGCUGGGUUCCAGGCACACCACAUCCUCUCAGACUUCCGCCAGGGAGCCGGUGGCUGGCAGGCCAGAAGCAUGGGGGUGUCAGAGCAUCCUCUGGAAUGGAACCACAGUGGGAUCCCCCUGGGCUGGCAAGGAGGAGAGGAACUCUCAGCACCAGACAAGUUCCUGGGAGACCAGAGACUCAGCUACGGACAGCCAGUCGUACUGACCCUCCAAGUCCCCCCUGGGGGCUCCCCACCUCCGAUGCAGCUGAGACUGGAGGGGGCGGGUUUGGCUGUGGCUCUGAGGCCCUCCAGUCCACCCAGCCCUCAGGACACCAGGCAGCCAGGACAAGUUCAUCUCUCGUUCCUCCUGCAGGAGACCUCUGAGGAGGCAGAGCCCCCACUGCCCGCCUUCCACUUCCAGCGCCUGCUUGCCAAUCUGACUGCUCUGCACAUCUGGACCAGUGGCCAUUCUGGCCAAGUGCUCUUGUGUGAAGUCCGGCUCACAUCGGCCCGGCCCCAGCGAGGGCUUGCCCCACCAGCCUCUUGGGUGGAGACCUGCUUGUGUCCCCAGGGAUACACAGGCCAGUUCUGUGAAUUCUGUGCUCUGGGAUACAAAAGAGAGGUACCUCAUGGGAGUCCCUAUACCAACUGCAUUCCCUGCACUUGCAACCAGCAUGGCACCUGUGACCCCAACACAGGGAUCUGCCUGUGUGGCCACCACACUGAGGGUCCUUCCUGCGAGCGCUGCAUGCCGGGUUUCUACGGUAAUGCCUUCUUAGGCCAUGCUGAUGACUGCCAACCCUGUCCGUGCCCUGGCCGAUCAGCCUGCACGACCAUCCCAGAGAGUGGAGAGGUGGUGUGCACACACUGCCCCCCUGGUCAGAGAGGACGACGCUGUGAGGUCUGCGAAGAUGGCUUUUUUGGGGAUCCUCUAGGACUCUUGGGAGCUCCCCAGCCGUGCCGCCGGUGCCGGUGCAGCGGGAACGUGGAUCUCAAUGCUGUGGGCAACUGUGAGCCUCAUUCUGGCCGCUGCUUGCGCUGCCUGUACAACACAACAGGGGCCCACUGUGAGCACUGUCAGGAGGGGUUCUAUGGGAGCGCCUUGGCCACAAGGCCUGUGGAGAAAUGUGCAUCCUGCAGCUGUGACCCGAGGGGCUCAGUCAGUGAGAAUAAGCCCUGCAACCCAGUGACUGGCCAGUGUGCCUGCCUGCCCCAUGUCACCGGCAGGGACUGCAGCCACUGCAGCCCUGGCUUCUAUGACCUCCAGUCCGGGAGGGGCUGCCAGAGCUGCAAAUGUCACCCUCUCGGCUCCUUAGAGAACAAGUGCCACCCCAAGACAGGCCAGUGCCCCUGCCGACCUGGCGUCACAGGCCAAGCCUGUGACAGAUGCCACCUAGGUUUCUUUGGCUUUUCCAUCAAGGGCUGCCGAGACUGUAGGUGCUCCCCACUGGGUGCUGCCUCAUCCCAGUGCCACGAGAACAGUACGUGUGUGUGCCGGCCUGGCUUCGUGGGCUAUAAGUGUGACCGCUGCCAGGAAAAUUUCUUCCUUGUGGACGGUGACACAGGCUGCCAAGAGUGUCCCACCUGCUAUGGUCUGGUGAAGGAGGAGGCAGCCAAGCUGAAGGCAAGGCUGACACUGAUGGAGGGGUGGCUGCAGGGGUCUGACUGUGUCAACCCCUGGGGACCGGUAGACAUUCUACAGGGAGAAGCCCCUAGGAGGGAUGGCUACCAAAGUCACCACCUACAUCAAGAGGUCCGGGGGGCCUUCCUGGAGCAGAUGGUGGAUCUGGAGGUUGCUGUGAAGGCCUCUCGGGACCAGCUGCAGGUGCUGAGAGGGAGAGCCCACUGUACCCGGGCUGGAACUCAGAAGACCUGCGACCAGCUGCGGGAGCUGGGGGAGGCAUUGCAGUCCUCGGAGGAGGAGGUCCUACGAGCAGCCUCAACUCUUUCAUUUCUGGGGAAUCUUCAGGAAGGAUCUAUCCCACCCACAAAUUGGAGUUAUCUGGCAUCAGAGGCCCACAUCCUCGCCAGGAGCCACAGGGACAUGGCCACCAAGAUCGAAGCCACCUCGAGAAGGGCCCUGCUCGCCUCCAACGCCAGCCACGAGUUCCUGUGGAAUCUGCUGAAAGGGGGAGUGGCCUCGGAGGCCCAGCAGGAACUGGAGGACAGGUACCAGGAGGUGCAGGCAGCUCAGCUUGCCCUAGGCACAGCUGUGGCAGAGGUGCUGCCCAAAGCUGAGAAGGCACUGGCCACCGUGAAGCAAAUCGGUGACUCAGCCCCAGAUCUGGUCUCACUGGUCACCCUUGGAGCAAUGAAUUCCCGAGCCAGAGACCUGGACUGGAGAGCGGAGGCCCUGGAGCAGAAGCUGUACCAGAGAGAGCAGGAGGCAAGCCAGGCCAUGGGAGCCCUGCAGGUGGAGGCUGGGAGAGCCCUGCAGAAGACAGAGCCCUUCGUGCAGCUACGCCACAAGACCACGGCUGCACUGACACAGGCUUCCUCAGCUGUCCAAGCUGCCACGGUGACUGUCAUAGGAGCGAAAACUCUGCUAGCUGACCUAGAGGGCAUGAAGCUGAGGUUUCCUCUGCCCAAGGAGCAGGCGGUGCUGAAGAGGAAAGCAGGCAGCCUCAAGGCCAGGCUCUUGGAGGACACAAAGAGGAAGACCAAGCAGGCAGAGAGGAUGCUGGGAAAUGCUGCGUCUCUCUCCUCCGGCUCCAAGAAGAAAAGCAAGGAGGCAGAAGUGAUGUCCAAGGGCAAGGACAAGCUCACCAAAGCAUUGCUGAGGGAAGGGAAGCAGGCCCACCGUCAUGCCAGCCGACUCACCAGCCAGACCCAGGCCACGCUCCGCCAGGCCUCUCGGCUGCUGCUGACCUCAGAAGCACGCAAACAGGAGCUGGAGGAAGCUAGGCAGGUGGCCUCUGGGCUGAGCACUGUGGAGCACCAGAUCCGAGAGUCACGCGUCUCCUUGGAGAAGGGCACCAAGGUCCUGUCAGAACUGCUUGCCAAGCUGGGGUCCCUGGGUGGCCACCAAGCCCCUGCCCAGACUCUGAACGAGACCCAGCGGGCACUAGAAAACUUGAGGCUGCAACUGGGUUCGCAUGGAGCCCUGCACCGCAAGCUGAGGCAGCUGGAAGAGGAGUCUGCGCGGCAGGAGCUACAGAUCCAGAGCUUUGAGAGCGACCUUGCUGAGAUCCGAGCUGACAAACACAACCUGGAGACCAUUCUGAGCAGUCUGCCCAAGCACUGUGCCAGCUAGACCCCGGCACACCCUCCCUGCCUUGCUGUUUCCUACCCACUCCCCAUAGGUGUCCCAGGCCUGCCUUUGUGAGCUCAUGUGAAUGCCCACACUCGUUUGCCGGUGUGUCUAGACCCUCUCCGAUCUGAGCAGCAGGAGUGAGUAAAUGUUCACAGUUCCAUAGGUGGCUUUGUGUGUAGCCCUCAGUGUGUGCUCCCCACACAUGCAUCAGCAUACACACCCCAGUGUCAGUAAAGAGGCAUGUGUG